AUAAUUAGGAGUUAGGACUUAAUAUAUUUAUUAGAAAAAGAAAAGAAAAAAAAACUUCUCCGGCCAAACCGAGCGGCGUGUGCAGCAAGCUCAGACGGCGAUUUCGCAGGUUAUUCAAUCUCUGGAAGAAGUCUUGACAACCAUCAAAAUGUUUAAAAAAGUCGUUCCUCUUAUUGACGCCGCGCUGGUGUUUAUAUCAAAGCCAGUAGCUUAUAGCCUGAGAAAACGUGCGGACAAGAACCCCAAAUUCCAACAAUUCAUUGUCAAAAAGGGUCAGAGAUUCCAUUUUGGUGAUGCCCCUGUUGUUGAUGAGGAGAAAGCUAUACAGAACGCUGCCAAAGCUCUCGUUGUUUUUACGAUGGCAGGUACUGCAGUUGUCUAUCAAUGGAACAGAACGCAGCAGCGGAGAUAUCGAAGAGUCUUCGACUUAUUAAAGCAAGAACGCUCGGAGGUAGAGCAACAAUGCUUGGUGAAAAUGCAGCGAGAAAUCAGGGAGGAAGAGCAAAAGAUCAACGAUAAAAUGUGGAGGAUAAAGGCAGUGAAUCGGUUUCUGCUGAAGGAAGCAGAAAGGGUGCAGUUAGAGGCAGUUAAUGAUCAGAACAAAACCACAGGUUGUGGCAGUUAACGCUAGGCUUGAAGGAGUAAAUCCAUGACCGAGGAACAAAAUUCAAUUUCUUUUUUCAUAUUCAUGUGCUGUAAUUAAGCCUUAGAGGCACAAAACAUUGAGCAAAUUGUUUGUCAAUUAGCUGCUAUAACUAGUUGCUCUUGUCUUUUAUGUACUGAAAGUAAGCCUUGAGGUAGCUCAGUCUUCAAUUUUAGUUGCUGUGAUAGUAAAUGCAUAUGCUUUCAAUGUUAUUCAUUGGACACAAUAUAAUGAGGAGCUGCCAUAUCUUUCACAUCUA